AUGCAAUUCCUCAGCAUCGUUACAGGUCUCGUGUGCCUCUGUGCAUCGUCAUUGGCUUCAAGCCAUGACUCCAAAACGCCCCAGUUUCACAACUCGGCAAACCAUCCAGGAGCAGAUCCUCAUGUAAUCUACGACUCUAAAACAGGACAGUAUUUCGCAUACUCGACCGAAGGGGCAGACCCAGGUAGUUUGUUCGCCAUCUAUAGCAGCCCCGACCUGUCGACAUGGCACAAGCAUCCAGGUGGCGUCUUGAAGGCCUGCUACGACGAUGACAUGAACCGCAUCGAGGGUGGCCAGGCCUGUUGGGCCCGUGAUUGGUACUGGGCCCCGGAAACCUACUACAACGAAAAGACCGGCUGGUACUUUUUCUUCUUCGCUGGACGCUUGCGAGAGGAUUUGGCAAAGGAUUAUUUCCGCUACUCAGACUUUGAAGAACCGUCCAAGAUUGGACUGGCGGUUUCGAAAUCACCUAUUGGACCAUUCAGGGAAAUCAAACCAAAGCCCAUUGAAUAUUAUCCGUUUGAUCCUGAUUAUUACGAUGUCAAUCUCAUCAUGGAUGAGAAGCAGAUGCGACCUCCGCAGGCCCUUAAAGAGGGCAAGACAGCACCAAAGGGCACUUAUAUCCCCACCAUUGACGUUAACAUCUUUUUCGACAAGGAUGGAAAGAUUUAUCUUUAUCUCUCUCGAAAUGCCUACCGCAACUGGAACUGGGAUAAGAAGCUGGGCAAGUACAUUGAAGAAUCCAACAUUAUUGUCGUCGAGAUGGAGCGAGACUGGUGGGACGACCCCAAAGCGAUGACGAUGCCUGAAAUCAUAGCUUCGCAAAAGGAUAUUCACGCCAAAGAUGCACCGAAACUUCCCCAAAACAUCACAUCCUACAACGGCACUGGUGAGAUUGGUUCACCUCCACGCAAGGAUGGCUGGAAGACCGUCAUUUCCUACGGCGCUGAUCCCCAAGACUGGGAGAACUACCACGUUGAUGACUACGAAAAGAACAACGGCACCAAGAAAGACCGUCGCUGGGCUGAAGGUAGCACUCUCAUCAGACGACCUGGAAAGAACGGCAAGCCUGUUUACUUGCUCACCUACAGCGCCAACAACUACGAAGCAUCAAAUUACGGCGUGGGCUUCGCAACCUCAAAGUCUCCUUUUGGACCAUUCCGAAAAUCGACAAACAACCCCAUUCUUUCUCAGAAGCCUGAUGCAGAGAUUCCAAUCUACUCGACCGGUCACGGCAGCAUUGUAGCUUCGCCUGCUAAGAAUAACAAGAAAGUUGGUGCUCAGGACGUUACUCUUCAAACACCUCCAGGCUCAGAGCUUUUCUACGUCCACCAUGCGCGUAACAGCACGGAGCGUGAUAGGUCCAUUUACACGACUCGCAUGAAUAUCGACCAGUCGGCUAUGUACUUUGGUUCUGAUGAUGCUAUGAGUAUGACUUUGACAUCCCUUGACCAGCCACUUCCUAAGAAUACGUAUCCCAUCCAUAUGGACGCUCGAUGUUCCAAGAGCAAGAGUACACGUCAAUUUCGUGUCAAGGUUACGUCUCAUCCCGGAGCGUCUUUUGAUAUUCUCGAGGGAACUAACAGAGUGGUUGCUCUACCUGGGAACAAGAUGGCCACUUCUAUCAAGGCUGAUAAGCUCACGGGGUCUUUUCUUAUGUCUUUUGGUAGUGCUUCCGUCAAGGAGUUGGCUUACCAGCGGUUGAGUGUGGGUGGCAGUUGGUCUACAGUUACAAAGAAGAAAGUAACUUGUAGGUAG